AUGUCUUCUCCACUUUACAAAAAAGCCCUCAUUAUCGGUGCCACUUCCGGAAUUGGCGAGGCUCUAGCCAUUAAAUUGGUCGCCAAUGGAAGCAAAGUGGUGCUAGUAGGUCGACGACAAGAGCGGCUCGACAGCCUCGUCAAACAGCUCGGAUCAGACAAGAGCUCGGCCGUGCAAUUCGACAUCACGAAGCUACAGGAUAUCUCUGACUUCGCAUCCAAAGUCACAUCAGAACAUCCUGACAUCGAUGCCGUCAUUCUGAACUCUGGAAUCCAACGAUCAUUCAAUUUCGCCCAGCCAGAAACUGUUGAUCUCGGCAUGGUGCAGGAAGAAUUGACAACCAACUACACCAGUAUUAUACAUCUUACAAUGGCAUUCCUGCCCUUUUUGCAAGCCCAAAAGACGACCACCCAUCUUGUUUAUAUCAGUGCAACAUUGGGCAUCAUCCCUACCGUGAUUCGGACUGGAGGAUACAACGCUUCCAAGGCCGCUUUACAUCAUUGGUUACUUGUCUUCCGGGAACAACUCAAGCAACAACCAGACAAUCAAGUCCAGGUAGUUGAAGUCUUCCCACCAGCAGUCCAGACGGAAUUACACGAUGAACGCCACCAGCCCGACCUGAAAGAUGGCGGGAAGAUUGGUAUGCCGUUGCAGGCAUUCACCGACCAGACAUAUGAAGAAUUACUCAAAGGCGAUGAUCAGUUUGGUAUUGGUAUGGCCAAGGCAACUAUUGAUGGAUGGGAGAAGGAGAGAGUGAAUCUGUUCCAUCAACAGGUGCCGGUUGUGGCCAAGGCUUUGAGCCAGUUCUUGAAAGAGUAG